AUGUCUUCGCUCAACGCCCCCAACUUUGACGCCCCUCGUCCCAAGAGCAGCCGCGCCGGCUCCGACACAAGUUCCAUCUCCGCAGACUCAGACUCAUUCACCACCAGAAGAGCAGUCUCCACGGACUCCCCGCGCCCAUCGAAGCGCAAGCCUUCCCACUCCCAGACGGUGAACGUCUACACACACUGCGGGCGCCACAGCUCGCAGUUCCUGUUCGGCGGUCGUUCUCUCACAGACAUGGCUCGCAGCGUCUUCAAGCGGGACUAG